AUGGCUACUCCCGCUGCCUUGCCGCCAUUGCCAUUCAAUCCGGCCCGAGUGCGCACCUACCUCGUCCGACUCCCACUCUUUACGCGUCUGGUUCUCCUGGCCAUUGUCGUGUUCUGGCUGCUGGAGUUACAAACGGUCUGGGCUGUGGUGCAAUGGGGCUCUCUCAUCCCAGAUGACGUCUGGCCGACGCAAAUGUACCGGCUCAACACCUACCCCUUUAUCCACGCGGGCUUCUGGCAUGUUUUGCUGAAUAUUUUGGCGCUUACGCCGUUGCUGGAGCGCUUUGAAGCGGAACAUGGCACCUUGACUGCGGUGGCCUUGUUUAUGGGUCCCCUUUCAACCUUCCCUGCGGGGUUGUAUAUACUUGGUGAGAAAGUUAUUCUCCACCAGAAUACCCCGGUGGUUGGCUCCAGCGUCUGGGUCUUUCUGCUUUUGGGCUCCGAAUCGAUCCGGACGUUCAAGUCGAACCCCCAUUUCAGCCUCGGCCCGUAUAAGAUUCCCACCUGGACCUCGCCUUUGCUUGCUUGUGUCGUCGUCUCCAUUCUCAUGUCCAAUGUCAGCUUCCUUGGCCAUUUGUGCGCCGUUCUAGUUGGUUAUCUCUUUGGUCUCGGUUACCUCAAGAUUUUUGUUCCACCCGAGAAGGUCCUUCGAUGGAUCGAGGGUAAGCUGAACCUCCUGGGACGUCUGCCGCACUAUAUCUCGGUCGAUCAGAAGACAUACGGCCGCUACGGUGUUCUGCCUUCGUCGAACGCGACCGGCACCACCGAGCGUCCGACGCCGAUGAGCUACCUGGGUGGCACGCAACGCCUGGGCUCUUAA